AUGGCGAGCCACUAUUAUCCUCCUCCUCAACAGCAACAGCAACAGCAACAUCGCCAAUAUGCGCCGCCGCCGACUUCUCCUCCAGCGAACCAAACACAAUUCUAUCCUCCUCCACCUCAACCUCAGUCGCCGCCGCAAGCCGGACAAGCUAUGAACUAUCCUCCUCCGCCUCAACCCCAAUCUCCACCACAGACUGGGCAGGCUGUGAGCUAUCCUCCUCCUCCCCAGCAUACAUCAUCUCCCCAGGUUCCUCACCAGCCUACGCCAGUUCACUACCCGGCACCUCCCCAGCAGCAGGCGACUCCUUCUCCUCAGAUUAGGAAUCAUUCUCAUAGCUCCUCUCAGGGUAACUACCCUCCUCCUCCCAUGUCGGCGCCAGCGUAUCAGCAACACUUCCAAUUCAACCAGCCUCAAGCAACCCAUCCGCCUCAGCAGACUCAGUAUCAUGCGCCAGGCCAGCAGAACAACUUUGCCAUGAGGCCUGCAGCGACUCCUCCCGCACCGACGCCCCCUGUGUCAACACCUCCGGUAGCUACACCUCAGUCUACUCAGCAACAUUUUGAGCCACCUCCGGCACCGGUGUCGCCUCAUCACAAUGAUUCGUACCCACCUGAGAAGCAGGGAUUAGAGCAGGAGGCACCACAGCAACAACCUGGAACUGCGAGAGCGAUGACUGUUUCUGGUGCGCCUCAAGCAGGUAAUUUCGUUGGCGCCGAGGCCACAUCUGACGAUAUUGGGACAUUUAAUGGUGGCAGCUACCGUAUCAGUCAUCGCGAUACCAACAGUAUCCUCACCAUACAGCUAGCGAUGGGCUGCCCGAUGUCCGGCAAGCCAGGCGCAAUGAUCGCCAUGUCUCCUACCGUCACGUUGAAAGGACAAAUCAAAUUCAGUGUGAAGAAGAUGAUCACUGGUGCUGAAUUGUCAACUUCAACAUACAUUGGUCCUGGCGAGGUGCUUCUGGCACCACACAGCCUUGGUGAUAUCACUACCCUGCGCCUCACAGGUAAAGAACACUGGUCAGUAGGCCACGAUGCAUUCCUUGCUUCGACACAGGGUGUUGUAAAGGAUCACAAGCGACAAGGACUCGGAAAGGCCAUGUUCAGUGGUGAAGGCCUGUGGGUAUACAAGGUCAGCGGUACAGGACUGCUCUGGAUAUCGAGUUUCGGUGCCAUCAUCAAGAAGACGCUUGUCGAGAACGAAAAGUAUAUUGUAGAUAACGGCCAUUUGAUCGCAUGGGACACCAAGUAUGUCAUGGAGCGUGUUGCCUCGGGAGGUAUCAUCUCGGGACUUGCUUCUGGGGAAGGUUUGGUCUGCAAGUUCACCGGCCCUGGAACUGUUUACAUGCAGACUAGAAACUCGAGGGCAUUUGCUGCGUUUAUGGGAGGACAGCAGUACCAGGGAUAA